AACUACAAAUAUUUUUUCUCUGAUAUCUGUCAACAGAUGUCACUAGAUGGACAAGUCGAUGCUCGUGUCAUAUUAUAACCUUUAUUGUUGACAAUUGUUUGUCAACAAGAUGACAUAUUAACCGAAUGAAAUUGUCGAAUAUUUAAUUACAGCAUUUGAUGACAGGUAACCAAGUCCAACAGUAAAAAGGAUCCAAUCAUUUCUGAGACUUACACAUAUCUUUACGUUAUGUGCGAAUAAAUAAAUGUUUAUGAGACUUUGAUACUCUAGGCUAACUCUAUUGAGUAAUUAUAAUGUGUGAUACUGUCUGCUAAACCUAAUGUCAAUUUGAAUUCUGCGUAACCUUGCCUAAGAUUAAGAGAGAAAAAUGUUGAAUCGCUUCAAGUCAGUAUUAAUGAGUGCUGUAGGUGCAAGCGAGCUUGGCCUACAGUACCCCAAUGAUUCAGAUAAUGAUAUGAUGACGGAUUAUAUUAAUUCUAAUUAUGUUGUGGAAGUGGAAAAUAAACCUUAUAGUCGCCCAAGUUUUCUGGGUUUGACAGCUGAGGAAACACAGGUGAGUGCAGAUCACAGAGUGAGACCUAUCAUAGUUCCAAGAGAUCUGAGCCGUUUACCAUGGUGUGCUGGUUAUGCAGAAUGUAUAAAUGCUGGAAAAAGUACCUGGAAUGAGGAUCAAGCUUCUGCUACUCGUGGAGAUCUAAAAUUGUCAGAUGCUAAUGUUACACUGCCUUACGUCAUAUUUUCAAUGUUUGAUGGACAUGCAGGAUAUCAAGUUGCUCUUACAGCAAGGUUACAUCUACAUAGAAUAAUUCUUGAGAGGUUACUGGCUAUACCGGGUAAUAUGCUACUAAAUGAAGAUGAGGACGAGUUAAUAAAGGGCAGAGACCUAGUUACAGGUGCUAUAGAAUUAGCGUAUAGACAAAUGGAUCAGAUGGUGGAGAUGCAGGCGCAAAGUGGUGGUGGUGGUUGCACGGCUAUUACAAUUUUAUUUCUUAAUGGAAGGCUGUAUGCUGCAGGAGCUGGUGAUUCAAGAGCUGUGCUAGUUUUGGGGGAUGAUCAACGUGCUCUUACCAGAGAUCAUACUCCGGAUUCCGAGUCAAAUCGUGUUAGAGCUUUAGGCUUUUUAAGAAGCAACGAAUUGCUCAAGGGUCAUUUUACUCCGCUGGAGUUUAGAAAGAGACCAUUGCAGAAAGAGUUGGGAUCUAUGGUCUUGUAUAGAGAACCAUAUAUGACAGGUUGGGCAUACAAGACCUUAACGUAUCCUGAUUUAAAAUUACCGCUCAUUUCUGGACAUGGAAAAAGGAGCAGAGUAAUGGGCACGAUAGGCGUGACUAGGGGUUUCGGAGAUCAUGGUUUGAAAGCGGCGAACACCGGUGUCAAUAUUAAACCGUUUCUAUCGUCACAACCGGAGGUGCAAUCUCUAGACUUGGAUAGUUGUAAUCUCACCGAAAGAGAUUGUAUUAUUGUUGCUACGGAUGGUCUUUGGGAUGUGGUAUCCGACAAAGCAGCGGCAGUUAUCCUUAGAAAGACACUUGCACCUGAUACUCCAUCAUUAGAAUAUAGACUCACAAUGGGUGCUCAAGAGUUAGUCCAAGCCGCGAGAGGUCGAUUAAUCGGUCGGGUAUGGAUGGGAAAGCCCGAAAACCCUAAUGAAACAGACGAAAAAUUCUCACCGAUAGCAUCGGUGGACGACAUAAGCGUGUUAGUAGUACCUUUAUAUCCCUAUUUAUGCGAACACAAGCAGUGGUUGAAAACCACGCAGCAAGAACGAAGAUAUGCUACCGAAACUCUACACAUAUCAACUAAUAAUCCUGCGUAAUAAAGCGUCACGAAGAUCUGGCCGUAUAGUCUAUCAUGAAAUAGGAACACAAUUUUACUACUCAAUAUGCAGCUAUUAAUGAAUUAAACAUUUACCCACAUCACCGCAAUAGUUUAAUCAGCGUGACUUAUUAUUUAGUUUUAGAACAAUUUGCUACGUUUAAAUUCAACUAUCAUCCUAUAUAUAUAGUCCUAUAUCAUAUAUAUAUAUAUAUAUAUAUAUAUAUAUAUAUAUAUAUAU